AUGGCAUGGUACCGCACUGUUUCCCGACUUUUUAUCGGGAACCCAGUUCAUCAGGCAGAAGGUCGGUACGUCCCAUACGCCGGGAGACACGAGGCUCUGGCGAUUGGAUUGCAUACGGUCUAUCGUAUGGGGCAGCAGAUGCAGAGUUAUGUCCACGAUCCUGUGGUCAUGCAGGACUACAGUCGUCGAUUCAUGGAUUUGGCUGCCCAGACAUUACAGCGAGCCCGAUCGGAUCAGCGUUUAGCACACGAGGCUGAUUAUAUUGACCCAGCCACGUACCAGCGAGGUCGUGGUAUCCCACGAGGUGGUGGUGCCCGACGAGGUGGUGAUGCCCGACGAGCUGCUGGUGCCCGACGACCUCGUGCUGCCCGAGGAGGUGGUGUUCAGCAGGGGGGCCAUGAUGCUCCUGACGAUGAUGUUGCUGCUGAUAUGACAGGUGGCAUGCAUGAGACUGACAUGCCAUCUUACAGCCUGGGAAUUUUUGACACUCCAGUGCCAUCACAGAUGACCCCAUCGGGUCAACUAUUGAUCACGGGCUCGGAUUUUCAAGGAGCUGAGUGGGGUAGAUAUUUCCCUGGCCCGUCUACCACUGAUGAGGGUCGACCGACCCGAGAUUUAUUUAGUGGGCGCCGACUGAGUUAUGGCAGCUCUUCACAUGCGCAGGUAUGAGUUUAUUAGUAUUGAAUUU